AUAAUUUGCAGCGAAACCAGUUGUCACUCGAUGGUGCAGUGGAACGAGAGAGGCGAGGUCGUUUCGGGCAUCUGCAUCUGCAAUUAUCCGAACGUGCCGUCGGUGAUUCCGGAAGAUUGGGUAAAUUGGUUGUACGCGUUGUACAGGCCGCAACAAGUGUCGGAAAAGAACUCGAUGUUCGUGCACAUGCUCGUCUGGGACAGCCGAUACACCGGCCACUUCUUCGAAAAACUCCUGUGCGGAUUGUUCGAUGUCACCUCGUAUUUGGAAUACGUACUCAUCGUGAUUCCUCCUCGGAUCAUUCUCAACGAGAAUAUUAUUUUCGAGAAACAGAUGAUCAGGAUUCCGUUAAAUUCUGAGAAUGACCAUCCCUCGUACCAGUCCGUGUACAUGAGCGAUCGUUUUCUGAAAAAGCCAAGGUUGAAAAUUCGCCGCGUAGUGGAAGAGGAUAACGACGACGUGGUGUCGAUCAUCGACGCCGAAACGCCUCUGUUGAAAGAGUUUUACGGUGAAUUUUACGUGAGCGAGAUGGUUCGUAACCCCGACGGUUGUCGAAAAUUGAUCAUCUCCGAGGAGGACGACAGGGCAACCGGUGUGAUGUUCAUUAACAAGAACAUAGACGUGGACACACUGAUGAAGAAUUUCCAGUUGGUACCGUACAACGGCCUUAAAAAACCCCACAAGAAAGAUCUACUCCCGGAGGAAUAUAUGAGGCCUGACAGCGAGACGUUCUUCUCCUUUUUCACAAAGAAAUCUUGGGAUAUUGAUUCGGAAGGAUCCUCCGUGAUAAUUUCUCCGGAAGAAAGCGUGGAAGAGAUCGUAGAACAGGCAGAACAACCGGUGGAAAUAAAAGAUGAAAAGAUGGAUCCGUCGACGAUAAGUUUCAUCAAUGAUCUUGCAGGGAUAACUCGUCAAUUUAGCAUGUACUACGAGUCGAAAAUGGAGUCGAGCGCGUUCGUCGAGUCGUUGUUCCACGNUUCCACGACAGACGAUGGUUACCAGCAUAAUCGAGGACAUACAAUUGGAGGACAUCUAUAUUCCCGAACAGCCGGUUUACCACGGUCAAGUGAACGCGUUCGUUCUCGAGAUUUUCGCGAUGAAACAGAAAAUGAAACUUCGGGAAAGCAGGAAUUUCAUCGAGGCCGCGUUCGAGAGCUUUCCCGAUUUGGAAUAUUGCGUGAUCCUUUUGCCCUCCAAUCACGUUUUCAUGCCUCUGCUCCAUCAUUUCGUGCGGGUGUCUCCGAAGUGCAACAAAGAUUUUCCAAUGAGUUUGUAUGUAACGCAUCGUGCCGCUCUUCUGGGUAGGAUAUCGCUCCGCGCUGGCAAGCCUCUCGACAAGUUCUUAUUGAAGAAAUUUUUAAAAAGGAUUCGAAAAUCGGAGUAUGUUCUGCACGAUUUCGAUAGAGCGACGAUUAAGAAACGAUCGGACAUGUAUUCUUACAUCUUCAAGUGGAACAACAUAAUUAUCGGUCUUAUAAUUAUUUGGUAAACCUAUGGAAAUUUAUUCCUUUUUCUUUCUACGAAAUUUUUGAGAGAAAAUAGUUUGAAAUGAUGAAUUCGACACCAGCGUCGAGAACGAGACCUCGUACAUCAAGCGACGUUAUCACAUCGAGGAUUACAUAGCGAUACAAAAUAUUCCACCCAACGCUUACGCCCGUAUCCUCCAUUUCAUCCUAAUGCCAAUCUUCUCCAUUCACAUACCAUUCAUCAUCAGCGAGAUUUCACGUCUGAGCGGCUUCAUUGUUUUUUACUAUCGACUCGAGCAGAGCUCGUUGAGCACGCUGGUAAAAAAAAAAAA